AUUUUCUGUUAUCAGUUGAAAACGCAAUAAAGAAAUUUGACAGUGUUUUAUCGUUGCUUGGUUACUUGUUUUCUUUUCUUAACUUAGUGGCUGGUGUUUUUGCUGUUGAUAAAGUUAUCUAAAAUGGCGUUCAUUGAUCUUUCCGUAAAAGGGAAAGCCAGUCCAAGACAUGAGCGUCCAUUUAGCGGGAAACGAGUUAGUUAUGCGUACAAGAAUACAAAUACCAAAUCCAAUAUAUUUGGAAUCGAUGACAACGAAGCAAUGCCAAAAAGAGAGAUUUCAAAAUCUGCCUUGAAUGCAAAAUCCAGUGAGAAAUCACUGUCUCCAGAUGUUGAAAGUUAUUCAAAAGCAAUUACUACACAAUCUGUUGGCGCUUGUAUACCCCAACAAUCCCAGUUGCAUUCAACAAAAAAGCGUGUUGGAAAAACGGAAGAAAGAAAGGCUGAAUCCAAUGUGUCUGAAGCGAAUGGAACACAUCACGUUGACAAUAUUUUGAGAACCAGAUCAAGAAAAGCACCACAAGGUGUACCCAGGUUACAGUUAGGAGCUUUAGCUGAUAAAGAUGACAAGUUGCAAAAUCCUCGCGAAAAUUGCACACCUAAUUUGAAGACACCUGACUCACAAACAAGCAUUAGCUGGGGAACUCCAAUAAACAACCGAUGCCACAACAAUGAUAAAGACACAACUAGUUUUCAAGUCUGUUCAGAUAAUGCAAUGGAUAGACUUCUUUCAUCGCAACGUCGAAAGCCAAAUAGCAUACCUGACUUAGAUCUUCAGCUUUCCCACAGUGGAAAUGAACAAUUUAAGAAGGCUUUGCGAGAGCGAAAUCAACGUGAAAAAGAUCAGUUGAUUUCACGGAAGGAGGAUAAAUUACAAAGUGUAGAGUCUUGGUCAGUUCAGCCUCAAAAAAAUUGCGAAAUGCGAAACAAAGUUGCUGACGAGAAGGCAAAACUUCGAGCGACUCGUAAGAAUGAGUUAAUUGAUGAAGCUCUGCUUGAUGACGAACUAUCGAGAGAGACAACAGUUGGUGGACACGUCACCACAUCUACGUCAUCAUUUCAAAAUGAUCACGUGGGACCACGAGAAAGACGUCACCAAGCUUUAUUCAACAGGAAUCCGACUGCGACGACUACUGUAACACAAAGUCUGCUCAACCAACGCCUGCGAUUUUCAGCGCGAGUUCUCAGUAAGGAUGGACAUCAUGCCCAUCGUGAAUUAAAUGGAUUUUAUUUUCCAUCGGAUGGAACGUUAACCGUCUAUGAAUUCAGGCAAUUUGGAAGCAGAUACUCCGCUAUUCCUUUCAUUCAACACGGGAAGUACCAUCAUGUUAAAGGAAAGACGAAAGAUCAACUUUACACGUAUCAAGAUAUUUUUGUUGGAAAUGACUUGGUAUUUGAAACUUCGAAGCAUUCAUCUUUACCUGACAGUCUCAAACACAAGCAUCUUAUAACUCUACGUAUAACUGACGUUGACAUCAAAGCAAAGCAAGAAUUGAUUUUCAAAGAGCGACAUUCACCAAUAGGAGAAAUAUCUGAUGAACUUUUGCAAAGAAACAUGACUGAAGAUGAAAGGGAAAAAAGAGAUAUCAUUUCAAACGUUAAAGCGACUGUUCGUAAACAGUUAAAAAAACGUGGAGUAAAGACAUUGACAGGACUGGGGAGAUAUUUUCAAACGCUUGAUACAACGGGUGAUGGAAGAAUUGAUAAACACGAAUUUAAAGAAGCGUUAAAGAAAUUUAAUAUUCAAAUUCCCCCAGAGAAAUUCGAUGAAAUAUGGCAAAUUGUCGAUGAAAACCACGAUGGAGCUUUGGAUUACGGUGAAUUUAUGCGAAACUUUAUUGAUGAAAUGAGCGAAGGACGAAAGACGCUUGUUCUUAAGGUUUUCAGAAAGAUGGAUGCAAACAAACACGGUGUCGUACCGUUGACCAACAUGGUCAAAUUCUUCAAUGCAAGACAUCAUCCAUGCGUUAUCUCAGGUGAAGUGAGUGAGGAUGAAGUUCGUGAACAGCUGUUGGAUGCUUUUGAACAUUGCAAGAAAAAGAGUGAAGUGCCAUAUUCAGAUUUUGAAGAUUACUUUGAAGGACUUAGCCUAACCAUUGACGAUGACGAUGAAUUCACGAUGAUUAUGAGAAGUUGUUGGGCAAUUUGACAAUUAAUUGUAUUAGAAUACGAUGUUGAUGUAUAUGUUGCAAUUUAACUAUAUUAACUGUCCCUAAAUCUGAUGUGAGAUUUAAGUUGUAAGAGUGUAAUUGUAAGGACUUUAGCAUUCUUUAAUAAAGCUGUAGAAAAAACCGGAUGUUUUUACUUAAAAUAUGCUAGAUAUUUAAAUAGUAAAAUUAAAUAGUAAAAUUAUGUACAAAUAAGUUAUAUAAUCGUUCAGUUAUAUUUUCUUAAACGUGAAUGAUGUUAUAAACAGACAUUUCACAAAAGUUUCAAGCAGAAACGUUGUCAUGUUUACAGUCGGUGAGCAAUCGUGAUUGUUCGUUGCCAUCAUUUCCAUAACGUAAAUAAAAGAUGUUAGACAUUAUGUGAAAAUACAUUCGUUUGAAAAUCUUA